CGACGACUUUCGCAAAAUAUAAUUUAAAUAAUAUUAAUUACAAUUUAUUAAUUGAUGUUUGUUGAUGUCUCGAUGGAAAGCCUUCAAUAUGACAGUGACCGUAUUUGGAGUAAUUAGUAUCCUAUUACUGAAACAUGUCGCUGAUGGCCUGAAUAUUCGACUGGUAAAUGGAUCCAGACCAAGCGAGGGGCGUCUCGAGGUUUUCUACAAUAACGCAUGGGGAACAGUCUGCGAUGAUUACUUCGAUACUUCAUCAGCAGCAGCAAAAGUUGUUUGUCGCAUGCUUGGAUUCACCGGAAACUUGACCACAGCCGCAGCCAAGAAUGGGGCCACUUAUGGACAGGGUAUCGGUCCAAUAUUGCUUGAUGAUGUGAGGUGCAACGGUACCGAGUCGAGUUUGUCCUACUGCCAUGCCAACUGGACCAAGCACAACUGCGGUCAUAGCGAAGAUGUCGGAGUGGAUUGUGGCUUCAAUAUUCGGCUGGUAAAUGGAUCCAGGCCUAACAAGGGUCGUCUCGAAGUCUUCUACAACAAUAGCUGGGGUACAGUCUGUGAUGACGGCUUCAAUAGUUCGGCGGCAUUAGUUGUGUGUCGCACGCUGGGAUUUACCGGGAACCUAUUAACGGUUGAAGUACGGAGUCAGGCCGCUGAUGGACAAGGUACCGGUCGAAUAUGGCUACAAUACGUGGGAUGUUCUGGUAACGAGUCGACUUUGUUCAACUGCCAGGCCAAUACAUGGGGCGUUCACAACUGUGGCCAUUACGAAGAUGUCGGAGUGGAUUGUGACUUUACCCCGGAUAUUCGACUAGUAAAUGGAUCCAGAAAUAGCCAGGGACGCCUCGAGGUUUUCUACGAUAACAGAUGGGGAACAGUCUGUGAUGACGAAUUCAACAGUUUGGCAGCAACAGUUGUAUGUCGCAUGCUGGGAUUCACUGGGAACCAGUUCGUACCCGCCGUCUUGGGUACGGCAAUUUAUGGACAAGGUACCGGUCCAAUAUGGCUGGAUGACGUGACGUGUAACGGUACCGAGUCGAGUUUGAUCAACUGCCGGAUUAAUAACUGGAGCAAGCACAACUGUGAUCAUAGCGAAGAUGUCGGAGUAGAUUGCAAGUGUGGCGGGGUCCUGACAGAUCCAUAUGGCGAAAUCACGAGCCCGAACUUCCCGUUGAAUUAUAUCAACAAUAUUUAUUGUUCCUGGUCCAUCAACGCUCCAGAAGCAAGCCGGAUCAAUGUGAACUUUACAGAAUUUGCAAUGGAGUCUGCCGCCCUGUGUAAAUAUGACUACCUGGAACUCUUCAACGGACCGAACGCCUCCUCUCUGUCAAUUGGAAAGUACUGCGGGGCAGUGCCACCUAUGGGAUUUAAGUCGCAGUCGAAAUCUGUCUACAUCGUCUUCUCAACAGACAGCAGCACUACCUAUCAGGGUUUCAGAAUGACUUACACAUUCACACGAGAGUGUGGCGGGGUCAUGACAGAUCCAUAUGGCGAAAUCACGAGCCCGAACUUCCCGUUGAAUUACAUCAACAAUAUUCAUUGUUCCUGGUCCAUCAACGCUCCAGAAGCAAGCCGGAUCAAUGUGAACUUUACAGACUUUGCAAUGGAGUCUGGCGCCCUGUGUGAAAAUGACUACCUGGAACUCUUCAACGGACCGAACGCCUCCUCUCUGUCAAUUGGAAAGUACUGCGGGGCAGUGCCACCUAUGGAAUUUAAGUCGCAGUCGAAAUCUGUCUACAUCGUCUUCACAACAGACAGCAGCACUACCUAUAAGGGUUUCAGAAUGACUUACACAUUCACACGAGACUGCCCACUUGGAAGCUACAGCGUUAGCUGUUCCAAGCAAUGCUAUUGCCGUUUGGGCCCAUGUGACGUUGUUACUGGUACAUGUGAAAAUGGUGGCUGUAAAGUCGGGUGGACAGGAAUAGCGUGUAAUGAAACCACCAGUAUUCGUCUGAUAAAUGGAUACAGGCCUAACCAGGGACGUCUCGAGGUCUUCUACAACAACACAUGGGGUACAGUCUGCGAUGACGGCUUCAACAGUUCGGCGGCAAUAGUUGUCUGUCGCAUGCUGGGAUUCUCCGGGAACGUGUUCGCACCCGCAGCCUUGAAUUCGACCACAUAUGGGCAGGGUACUGGCCCUAUAUGGCUGGAUGACGUGAGGUGCAACGGUACCGAGUCGAGUUUGUCCUACUGCCGGACUACACACUGGGGCGAGCACAACUGUGGUCAUGGCGAAGAUGUCGGAGUAGAUUGCAAGUGUGGCGGGGUCCUGACAGAUCCAUAUGGCGUCAUCACGAGUCCGAACUUCCCGUCGAAUUACAUCAACAAUGUUCAUUGUAACUGGUUUAUCAACGCUCCAGAUGCCAGCCGGAUCAAUUUGAACAUUACAGACUUUGCAAUGGAAUUCGACGACCUGUGUAGACAUGACUACCUGGAGCUCUUCAACGGACCUCAUGCCUCCUCUCUGUCAAUUGGAAAGUACUGCGGGACAGUGCCACCUAUGGGAUUUAAGUUGCAGUCGAAUUAUAUCUACAUUGUCUUCUCAACAGACAGCAGCACUUCCUAUAAGGGUUUCAGAAUGACUUACACAUUCACACGAGACUGCCCGCAAGGAACUUACAGCGAAAACUGUUCCAAGCAAUGCAAUUGCCUUGUAGGCCCAUGCGACAGUGUUACGGGUGCAUGUGGAAAUAGUAUCUGUAAAGACGGAUGGAAAGGAGCAGCGUGUAAUGAAAACUGCCCCCUUGGAAGUUACAGCGUAAACUGUUCCAAAGAAUGCCAUUGCCGUUUUAACCCAUGCGACAGUGUAACAGGUGAAUGUGCAAAUGGGGGUUGUAAAGACGGAUGGAAAGGAAUAGCGUGUAAUGAAAACUGCCCACUCGGAAAUUACAGCGUUAACUGUUCCAAGCAAUGCCAUUGCCGUUUGGGCCCAUGUGACGGUGUUACUGGUGCAUGUGGAAAUGGUGUCUGUAAAGACGGAUGGACGGGAAAAGCGUGUAGUGAAAAGUGUGGCGGUGUCCUGACUGAUCCGAUUGGGGUCAUCACGAGCCCCAACUUCCCGAACGAUUACAACAACAAUGAGCGAUGUACCUGGAUCAUAAAAGCACCAGAAGGCAGCCAGAUCAAUUUGAACUUUACAGACGUUGUUAUGGAGUCCCACAAGCUGUGCAGACUUGACCACCUGGAGCUCUUCAACGGACCUAACGCCUUCUCUCUGUCGAUUGGAAAGUACUGUGGGACAAAACCUCCUGUAGGAUUUAAAUCGCAAUCAAACGUUGUCUGUAUUUUCUUUCUCACAGACUCAGUCAGUAGUGCAAGGGGUUUCAAUCUGACGUAUACAUUCUCCGUUCAAGACUGCCCACUUGGAAGUUACAGUGUAAACUGUUCACAGCAAUGUCGUUGCCUUGUGGGCUCAUGCGACAGUGUUACGGGUGCAUGUGGAAAUGGGGUCUGUGAAGACGGAUGGAAAGGAAUAGCGUGUAAUGAAACCAAUGAAGAUGCAAUGCCAUUGGAGACAAUUGUGUGGACUGCAGUGUCUUCGGUUAUUGGUGUGGUGAUGAUAGUUGGCGUCACAGUCAUUGCUUGUGUGUGCCACGAAAGGAAAAAAAAAAAGAUGGCUCCAAACGCCGUUGAACUGAAUGAACUACAAUCAUCAAAUAGUCCCCAAGUGUCAGAAAGUUAUGAAAACAACAUAUAUCGUUUUGAAGGCUUGCCAGACGACAACAUGUACGACGCUAUCGGUCCGUGUGAAGAACUGGUAAAUGACGAACGCAAGUACGACGGUCAAGGGCAGACAAAAUACUCAGACGGAGUUCUUUACGAAAAUGACUUUUAGCGAUAAAUAUAAAGAAUACGCCAACAAAGAGUAGUGAUUUGUAAUGAAAUAGGAGAGUUAAGACCAAAAAUCAUUUUUAAUAGCUUGAAUUCCGCGAGUGAUGAUUGUUUAAUUCCUCAACACCAACUCACAUGUUAGUUUUAUAAUUACCUCCUUCAUUUAUAGAAAAAAACGUGCAUGAAAUAAACUGUUUUCUUUGAGCUUUUCUGGAAUGAAGUUGUAACGCACACAAGAAGGACGUUAUUAUAUUACAUGCCGUCAAUUGGUGUUUAUGGUGUACGUUAUUUUCUAUAUUUCCUGGAAUAUAGCUAUGUUCGCACAUAUAUUUUGUAUGGAGAAUAUAUCGAAAACUAAAAAAGAUAUACAUUCGAAACUUUAAAGAUAUAUUUAACUCAUCGACUGAAUGAGAAGUUUAUCAUAAAUCGUGCUUCCUUAUUUGUAAAGUAUUUCGCCUUGAUCAUUGGCAAUUGACAAUGUUUGAUGUAUCAUAGUUUUGCAUUUCUUUUGUUAUUCUCUGUGCCUUAAAUACUUUGAAGAUACUCAGUUUAGGUUCUAUUUAAGCUAUAUAUGUUAUCUUAUAUAAAGCAAUAUAUUUAUUGUCUGCUUCCAACCUUUUUUUCUGCCAUAAUAACAAGUAAGUGUUUAGGCAUGUUAUAGAUUAUAGAUUGACUUGUUGAUGAACAUCCUUUUUCAAAUGCGAUUGUAGUACACUAAUGAAGCAAACAUGUCUCGAAAAAUGUGUUCAAAUUAUUCUUCUGAUUAAGAUUUGUAUUUCUUGGAAUAUGAAUAUUUGUUUCGCCGUAUAGAAUAUCAUUAAAAUCAUCUUCAUCCUAUAUCUUAUUAUUUGCAUAUUGUUUGUUGAGUAUUGUUAAGCAAACAUGUCUCGAAAAAUGUGUUCAAAUUAUUCUUCUGAUUAAGAUUUGUAUUUCUUGGAAUAUGAAUAUUUGUUUCGCCGUAUAGAAUAUCAUUAAAAUCAUCUUCAGCCUAUAUCUUAUUAUUUGCAUAUUGUUUGUUGAGUAUCAUUACUAAUGUUUUGUGUUGUUAUUUUCAAGCAAAAUUUCAGAUUCUUAAUCACCAUGAAAAAAUAUAAAGCAUGCAUGUUUUGCUUCGAACAUUUAAUAAUGUUUUUUAUGCGGAUGUAUGUUUUCUGAAACAUAAUGAAAAUAGAUUUAAGUGAACAUCACCAUAACGUGAACCGUGAAAGUGUGAUUUUUUAAAACUCAAUUUGAAUAUAUUAGCUAAUGUGGCAAGAUAAACGUUUCAAUAACAUACAUUAAAAGUAAUACUUUUCCGAAUAGAUGAUUCUGUUCAUUUGUUUUAUAUGAUUCAUUCGUUAUGCGAAUUAACUAACAAAAUCUUUUUAGCAUUGAAUGUGUUUGUUUGUAUAUCACUCUUUUCGCCUUAAAAAAUAACAAAAUUAUGUAUAUUUCAAAGAUUAUAUUCAUCGUUAUUUGUUAGUAUAUUAUUUUUACAUUUUUGACCUCAUUUUGUUAUAUGUUCAUUUUUAUUCAUCGAUCUGUAUAUGUACCAUAAAUAGGUUUUUACUAUGGAAAUAUUUAUCGCAAUAUGUUUUAUUCCGGUUGAUAUGUCAUAUAACAUAUUACUGUAAAAUAUUACACAUCUUUGUAAACGUAUAUCAUUACAUGAGAGUGAGCUAUGUUUCUUAUGUUUUAUUUUAUGUAUGGAAAUAAAAUCAUUCGACAUUCAAAAACAACAACUGCAAAUGCAUUUGUUCUGUUUUGGCAAGAUUCUUGUAAAGUAUGCCAUCGUCAAAGAGCAGCUUAUGAAAAAUCGUAUUUGUUAAUUUGUUGUAUUUUUAGCGGGAUCGUUUUUCUUUAUAUGAAUAAAUUGAGUACGAAAAAUAA